GCUUUAGAAUUUUUUUAAAUCUCGACGAUCAUGUUCAAAAAGAAGGAUCUGGAACGACUUCCCCUGCUGACAGACACCAGGAACACUUACAGUGCAUCUGACCAUGAGGUGUUGCAGCGAGAUGGUGUCGGUAACAUCAAGCAUUGCCAUGAUAACAGCCGUGCACAGGAGGAUCGUGAACGAGAGAAGAAAGUUGCCAGAAAGAAGCUUUAUGUGGUUUCUGUCAUUUGCUUGGUUUUCAUGGUUGGUGAGAUUGUCGGUGGGUAUUUUGCGGGCAGCCUCGCGGUGAUGACGGACGCGGUGCACCUGCUGGUGGAUCUUGCCAGCUUCAUCAUCAGCCUUUGCUCACUUUGGCUCUCUUCCCUACCUGCUACACACAAGCUCAGCUAUGGCUGGCACCGUGCAGAGAUACUGGGUGCGCUGCUGUCAGUUUUUACCAUCUGGCUGGUAACGGGUGUGCUGGUCUACCUGGCGGUGGUGCGCCUCAUUAGCGGUGACUACACCAUUGAGGGCACAGUCAUGCUCAUCACGUCUGCUUGUGCUGUGUUGGCCAAUAUCAUCAUGGCUCUCACUCUGCACCAGUCCGGCCACGGCCACGAGCACGGCGGCCUCGGCUCACACGGGCACGGUCACGGGCACAGUGACAAGGGAAAUGGACAUCCUCUGAUUUCCAACCAUGCUCCCUAUAACAGUGAUGUUACAGAUGUGGAGCACAAAGGGGCGGAGCAUGGACGGAAGGUCGAGCAGGCCAACGCCAGUGUGCGAGCAGCCUUUGUCCAUGUGGUGGGAGACCUUCUCCAGAGCCUCAGUGUAUUAGUCAGUGCCAUCAUCAUCUUCUUCAAGCCAGAAUAUAAGAUGGCUGAUCCCAUCUGCACCUUCCUGUUCUCUAUGUUGGUGAUAUGCACCACGGUUACCAUCAUAAGAGACAUUGUUAUUGUGCUGAUGGAAGGUACUCCAGUGGGAGUGAAGUACACUGAGGUGCGGGAAGGUCUACUAGCAGUGAAGGGCGUGACGGCGGUCCACAACCUUCACAUCUGGGCCCUCACGAUGAACCAGGCUGUGCUGUCUGCACAUGUAGCUGUAGAUGAGUCGGUCGACGCUCAAACAGUCCUGAGGGAGAUGACGCAGGCGUGUUUCUCCUCGUACAACUUCCACUCGGUUACGAUUCAGAUGGAGCGGCAGGCUGACCUGAGGCCUGGAUGUACACUCUGCGAGGACCCUAAGAUGUAGGAUUCUUCCUCUCCUUAGGGACCACGCACUGGACCUUUUAGGUGUUAAGAUUUUAUGGUAUUUUAAUGCAAAGACACGUGACUGUCAAGUAGAAAUAUUACGCUAAAUCAAAGGCAAAGGUCUGAUUUCUAUUUGUCCUGAACCUCAUUUGUGUUUAAACUUGAAUUUCAUUUAUAUACACUCAAGUUAAUUCAUUUUAUGUACUGUAUGCUGAAACAGAAAUCACUAUCCUCAGUGUUAAUGUUGUUUUUUCUGAAUCUUUAGAUGUUUUGAGUGCUUGAAAAGUUGUACUCAUUAUCGUAGUUACUUAAGAAAAAUCCAUCCAACCUGCUGCUAAAAUUUUUCUUGUAUCACCACCAACCUGUGACAGUGUUUUUUUUUUUUUUUUUUUAUGCCGUGAUGUAUGUAAAGAUGUAGUAAAAAGUAUUUACUGUUACAACCUGAGAAGUAUUGUGCCUGCAAAAUCAAGUGUACUUCAGUGCAUGUCUGAAGUGCCUCACAGAUCACUUUAUAUUGUUUAGUGUAGAAGCAGAAAUGUCUUCUUGCAAUAAAAUAUACCUUUUUUUUUAAGAAAAAAUUAUUUUAA